CUCCCAUUGAAGAACAUUGUGUUGAUAGCAACAAAUAUGGCGGUUGUAUUCCGAAAUCCAUCGGGAGCAGGGUACUCUAAUACGGAGCUUGAGCUACAGGAAAAAAUAUUCACCAUAUAUGGAACUAAGGAAAAUGAUGAUAAUUUAUUCAGGACUUCUUUUCAGAAACUCAUACUUCAUAGCCAUUGCUAUGACUUGUAUGUAUGAAAUAUUGACUGGGGUGGCCAGAUAUCGGUCUAUAGGUUGUGGGCCGGAUCUUGCUGACCAACACAAGGUGGGCUUUUUUGGUUUGGACCGAGCCUCCCAGACUGAUGUCACAGAGGUGUUGGAUCUCAAGGAGAUGACAGAAGUCCUCCAAAUUCUUCUUAAAGAUGUAGAUGAGUUGAAGAGAGACAUCAAUCUUGCCAAGCAUGUCAUGAAGGCAGAUUAUGAAUCAAAGCUUAGAGAAAAAUCAGUUGAGCUCUAUUGUCGAAUAAAUGAGAGGGUUGCAGAUCUGGAGAAAAUGCAUCAAGAGAGGGUUGGAACGGUACGGAGAGCUUUUCGACAACAGCUUUCUGACGCUAUUGCCAGAGUUGCCAUUCUGUACAAUAAAAACCUGCAGCGUAAAGUGCGCCAAGAGAAGUCCAAGCAUGAGGGAGAUGCGGAUAAACUGGAGGAGAAGUACCGGGAAAUGCAGGCCACCAUUCAGCGCAAUGAGUCCAUCAUACACAUGCUGAAGAUGCAGAUCCAACAACUUCAGAACAAGGAGCCCAGCAUUGCAGAAAGCCCUUCCAUAGCGGACUCAGAACGACCUUCUGCCGUCUCUCCUCAGUCUCCGGUGAAACAUAAGGAAGUGCAGGUGGAGGAGUCUUUGGUCUCCAAGACGCCGAGUGUCAAUCAUGAGGCCGAGGCACUGAAGGAGGAGCUGGAGUCGAUCAAUCAGAGGGUGGAGCAACUGCAGCAGAGUCUCCUGGAAAAGGAUGAGGAAACAUCUGAGCUCCAGACGGCGAUAAAUAAGCUGGAGGAAAUGUUAACAAAUGAGAGAAUGGAAAAAGAAAGGUUGAAGAUGGAAGUGAAUACAAUACAGAAUGCGAUUGAACAGGACAAAGCCAAUUCACAGAGGCUGGAAGGUGACUCUGAUGAAAUGAUACAAAAGCAGAAAGAGGAAAUGGAAAGAAUGUUGGCCGAAAAACUGAGACAGGCUCAACAGCAGACCAGCCAGGCAGCUGAGGAUGAGUUGAAGGCUCGACAGAAGGCAGAGAAGGAGAAGAUGGCCUUCCUGUAUGACCAGGAGAAGAAAUUGAAGGAGGAACUAGCCAGGGAGCGUGCUAAAUUGGCUGAAGCUCUGAAAGGAGACACGGAUGCGAACAAAUUGAGACGCCAGGAACAGAUGCUAAGGGAAGAAGUUGCGAGGUUGAAGAAAGAAAUUGAACGAAUUCACAAAACAUGGGAAAAGAAAUUUGCAAUCCUGCAGCAGAGCCUUCAUGCCCUGAAAGAUGAAAGCUACAUUCGCCAGCAGUUACAACGCCAGGCUGCCAACCUGCAUCACGCCGCAGUCAGCUACGCUGUUGACGCUCCGAUCGGCAUUACACCAAGCAAGCAUCACGGCAGUCCCACCAAAAGACCAUUGCCGGAUAUUCCGAAAUACGGAAAGAGCAUACCUCCGCCAGGGGUAACCCCCGGGGCACUACAGGAGAAGGACUAUAUUUCGUACACAGUGUCGGCACCAAGCGGUCGAGGCACGGCGCUUUUCUCAGCAGAAGAGAAUCAGAUAAUGUCGGAGAAUGAUAGAGAAGACAUCCCAUCAGAUGUUGUCCCACUUCCUGAACGACCUCAGAGAUUAAACAAUAUGGCACGUGUGUCUUGAAACACAGCUGUAAACUCUCUGCAGACCAAACCAAUUUCAGUCAAUAAAGGACACGUUAUUGUUGUGCCGCAUGUUUCAUAAUCACUUACUUCAUUAGCAUGUUCAUCCUUUUAGAAUAUUACUUAUGGAAUAUAAAAUAAACAGUUUACAAAAGGAGCGUGAUACAUCUGACUUAUAUUUCAUGUUCAACUUGCAAGUUAUGAUAAUCUCAAAAAAGCGUUUGGUACCCUUUGCUUUAUAAUCAGUGUUAUUCCUGUUAUGUAUUUUAAAUGCAAUAAAUAACUGUCAUAAUACUUUUUUUUAAUAAUCGGCUUUACCAAAAAAAAACACUAUAGUUUGUACUGUCUUAUUACGUGUAAGCACUAAAUGAUCAUUUAAUUAUGUUUGAAACAGUUUGCUUAUAAUGGCUUUGUGUGUAUAUUCUAAUUCAAUAAAUAACAUAAUAUGCAUUUAAAAUAUAAAAUACAUUGUGAUGUAUGACGUUAAUAUGUAAAUAUUCAGUAUAUCUUAUUUUGUCUGUGAUAAUGUAAAUAUUACUGCUGAUAUUUAUAAAUGUUGAAUAUUAAAUACGUGAUGUAUUCUGUAUGUGUUGUUAUUUGUAUAUGCAUUUUACGAAUAAAAAUAUGUCAAACAUGU